AUGUCUGCGCCUACUGCUGCUCAAGCUGAACUCAUCAGCAAAGAGACGCCACCAGCUACACCUGUAGAAGCUCUUCCAACUCCAACCGAGCUGAGCAGUUUAACUGGGCCUGUUGAUGAUACCUCAAAGAAGACGCUGGAAGAUGCUACAUCUGCCAACGGAGUACAGACAGACGCCGGGGCUGGUAAACCUGCGGAGGAGAAUAAUAUCUCCGCAGAAACCGGCGCAUCUGAGAUAUCACAGUCAGAGGAGCAUGAUGUCCCACAGCCCUCAAUUGAGGAGAUCGCGCCUGGUCAAGAGCCUAGUGAGGAUGUGAAACAGGCAGACGCCUCAGUCGAUGGUGAAAAGGUUGAGAAGAAAGACACCGCAGAGAAGGAAGGAGAAACUGGAGUAGCUCCUACACCAGCUUUUGGAAGUGGAUUUGGCUUUGAUCAAUCUGCGUCUGGUGGAUUUCCUGGGAUGGGGUUUUCUGGCGACUUCAAUCAAAUGCAAAUGAUGAUGGCAAUGCAGAAUGGCAUGGCUCCAGGAGGUUUCGGGAAUUUCCCUAUGAUGGGAAUGCCAGGUAUGAAUAUGGAUCCGAUGACAAUGCAAAAUAUGAUGAUGAAUGGUGGCUUUGGGGGAGCAGGCAUGGGCAUGAACGGCAUGAACAUGGGUAUGGGUAUGGGGAACUUCGAUGGUGGUAUAGGUGCUGGUUUCAAUAAUGGGUGGAAUUCCCAACAAUCAUGGAAUGUCGGACCAGAUAAUUUCAAUCAUCCAAAUGCUGCUGGCAUGGGCCCUGGUGAUUAUGGAGCAAAUAAUUCUGGUUUUCCACAAAAUGCUGCAGGAUUUAACCAAGGUAAUUUUGGACGCGCAAAUCAGUACAAUGACUAUCAAAACAGCUAUUCACAAGGCUACCAAGGCCGUGGACGAGGUAGAGGCAGAGGUGGCUGGCACCAGAAUCGUGGUGGACAUGGACAUGGCUUUAAUGACCACUCACAACAUUUGCAACAGCAAGUUGGCCAAGGUCAGCAAUCAUCUGAAUCAUAUAAUGAAAAUGAUCCAAUGUCUACAGGACCGAAAGGAGAGACUGAAUCUGGGUCUGGGGCGAACGUCGACGAGUUUGGCAGAGAACUACGUCAAGAUACUCCUAAGAACGAAGCAGAAAAUGGUAUUGAUGGCAUUAACAUUCAAGAUGCCGUAUCUUCUGCGACUAAGGACGGCAAAGAACAGCAAGUAAACUCAGAAGACGUCUCUCAACAUGAUACUUCAGGAACUGGGAAUGAUGAUUUUACCCCACAACCCAUACAAUCACUGGAGGCAAAUGAAUCUGCCGCUUUUGCGCCGAUGCCCAUGAUUGGAGAUGGUUUCAAUGCUAUGUCCCUUGUAGAUCCAAAUAUGCGCUACCUUAGCCACCCGCGAGGUGGAUUUUUACAAUCACGUGGUGGCCGUGGAGGGAGUUUCCAUGCCAUGCAACCUCCAUUUGUGAAGCCAGUUGACGUACCUAUCAACGCGCCCACUGGACCGAAAGCUAUGCGUGAAGGACCCAAACCAGCCCUUCCCAAUAUCAGAACUCAUGGUUUCUCCAUCGCGGGUAAAGCUAGCGCUAGUGCGCGGGGUAGUGUUAGUGGUAUUAGUGUCGCCCCAGAAUCUGCCACUCAAGAAAGAGGAAGAACUAGGUCUCCUUCGCUAGAGAAGGAAAGGGACAGGUCACAAUCAAGGUCAAAGUCAAAAGAUCAUAAGAGAGACAGGAGUAGAGAACGACGUCAUAGACGCAGGCAUAGAUCCGCUUCUCGAUCUCGUUCUGAAGAUGAGGAAGAAAGCGAGCGACGACGUGAAAAGCGAAGAGAACGUAGACGUCGUCACGAGGAGGAAGCUGAUCUCGAACGUGAUUCAAAUGAAUCUAAGGCCGAGAAAAAAGAUGAUGAUAGGAGAAGAGAUGACGAGAAUAGAUCAAGAUCAGCUUCACCACAAGAGUCAAAGAGAUCAAGUCAUCGAAGUAGUCGUCGUGACCGCGACAAAUAUCGUGAUCGAGAAAGAGAUGAUGACAAACAUAGGUCUUCGUCUCAUAAGCAUCGUUCUAGUCAUCGUUCUCAUCGAGAUGAACGUUCUAGAAGUCGAGAACGUGAACGUAGCGAACGUGACCGUGAAAGAGAACAUCGCCAUAGGCAAAGUCGACAUGCAUCUCGAGACGCGGAAGACAGAGUAAAGGGUGAUACUCCUGUUGACACCCCUACCGAGCCGAAUCUUUCUUCCAGAAAAUCGUCACUCAUAUCCAGUGGUUUGAAUGGCAUUGAAAUCAAAGGUGCAAGUUCUCGCAAUAAGUCCUCUCGGGACAUUAAUCUGCCAUUAAAUAUCCCGACCGGACCAAAAGGUGGCGAGCGAGACCGUGAACGCGAACGUGAAAAGGAUCGCUCAAGUCGUCAUAGCGAAUCUCAUCGCUCGCGCCGAGAAUCAGAGAGGAACAACACAAGUUCACGAGACCAAGAAAAGGAUCGUCCAGAGAAGAAAAAAGAAGAAGUGGACCCACAUACAUUGGAACGAGAAGCGCGCAAUAGAGAAAGAUUGCUUAAGGAAGCACAACGUAUUGCGGGUUUAACAAGCGCGCUCAGUGUGGGUAGAAAGAGAAGUCGUGAUGAGGUCGAUGAUGGUAGUGGGAGAAAGGGAAGAAAAAAGGGGAGAAGGGCUGGUGGAGAGGACAAUGACGAGGCGAGGAUUGCGAGAUUAGAGGCAGAGAGGGAGUCCUCAAGAUGGGCUUAG